AUGUCUGAGUCCAAGGGCUCGAUUUUCCCUGACGAGCGGGUGUGGUACGAUCAGUUCACUAGCACUGACUGGGUCCACGAUACUAUCGCCGAUUCCCAUCGCGUCAAGGCUCUGCGCAGCAGGAAGGACUUUUGGGGCCGCGUCCGCGUUGCCUUUGACGGCUCUCAGGGCUGGAUCCUGAGUGCCCUGUCUGGCUUCGUCGUCGCACUUAUUGCGUACACCGUGGACGUGUCCGAGUCGACCGUCUUUGACUACAAGGAUGGCUACUGCGCAAGGGCCUGGUAUCUCGACGAAAAGAAAUGCUGCCCACGAGGCGCUUGUGAGGACUGGAAGAGCUGGUCUCAGGCAUUCGACUACCAUCCGUUCGGAGAGAAAUGGACCGACUUCUCUAUAUACCUACUUUGCGUCAUCGGAUUCUCUUGCCUCUCGUGCUGGAUUACGCUAUGGACCAAGACUGUUGUCCCUUCAGCAUAUCGUCUUACAACACUGGACGAAAACCUCGCCGCCGAGAGGGUACCUUUGCUCGCCGACGACGUCCAUUCCGACGACAACGUCAGCCCCCGCCAGCAACGCGACCCUGAGAGGGAGAGUCCACCGAUGGUAUACUACUCCGCCGCCGGCAGUGGGGUUGCUGAGGUUCGUGUCAUCCUCAGUGGAUUCGUGCUGCACGGCUUCCUUGGCUUCAAAACGCUCGUCAUCAAGAUGGUGGCCCUGAUCCUCAGCGUCUCGUCUGGACUCAGCCUCGGCAAGGAAGGUCCUUUCGUCCACAUGGCGACGUGCGUGGGCAACAUCGCCUGCCGACUAUUCACCAAAUAUGACCGCAACGAUGCCAAGAGGCGAGAGGUGCUCUCUGCGGCCGCCGCUGCAGGAGUCGCCGUGGCCUUUGGCGCGCCCUUGGGCGGCGUUCUCUUUGGCUUGGAGGAGGUGGCGUACUUCUUCCCGGCCAAGACGCUCUUCAGGACCUUUUUCUGCUGCAUUAUCGCCGCGCUCUCCCUCAAGUUUUUGAACCCGUAUGGCACGCACAAGAUUGUCAUGUUCGAAAUCCGCUACCUCGUCGACUGGGAAUACUUUGAGUUGCUGAGCUUCGUCUUUGUCGGCAUCUUGGGUGGCGCCAUUGGAGCCCUCUUCAUCAAGGCAUCAAAAUACUGGGCACACAGCUUUCGACGCAUCGGCGUCAUCAAAGCAUAUCCCAUUCUGGAAGUAUUCUUGGUGGCCGUCACCACGGGUCUCAUGAGCUACUGGAACGGGCUGACGAAGCUCUCGGUGGCUAAGCUGCUCUUAAGCCUCGCAUCGCCGUGCGACGACUCCACCGAUGGUUCUAAAGAUGACCUGGGCCUUUGCCCAAGCUCUGUCAACGACAUCCCGCCGAUCCUCCUGACACUCUUUGUGGCUUUUCUCAUCAAAGGGUUCUUGACCAUCAUCACUUUUGGGAUUAAAGUACCUGCCGGUAUUUACAUUCCGUCCAUGGUUGUCGGCGGCCUCUUGGGCCGCAUCAUCGGGCAUUUGGUACAAUGGCUGGUGCUGGUGGCCCCAGGCUGGGCCAUAUUUGGUAACUGCGCCACGGCUUCAGACGGAACAUGCAUCCAACCCGGUGUGUACGGCCUGAUAGCCGCAGGCGCAACCAUGUGUGGCGUGACGCGACUUUCGGUGACGCUGGCCGUCAUUCUCUUUGAGCUGACAGGCAGCCUCGACUACGUUCUCCCCUUUUCUCUGGCGGUGCUGGUGGCCAAGUGGACGGCGGACGCUAUCGAGCCCAACAGCAUCUACGACCUGCUCACGAGCAUGAACUCGUAUCCAUUCUUGGACAACAAGCACAAGCCGGUCUUCACGGGAGACCUGGCGGACAUUGUGCCGCGUGUGCGCCGCGAGAGGGUGAUUGACAUCACCAACUCGCCAAUCGUGCCCGCCACGAGUCUUCGAGCGAAGCUGGAGACUUUGCACCGGGCUGGGGAGCUGGAUGGCGGACUGCCGAUUGUGCGACAGGACGUGUUGGUGGGGCUAAUUCCGGCGCCGGAUCUCGAGUAUGCGCUGGAUCAGCUCGUGGACGAACAGACCAGUCUCUGCUUGAUGGAUCGGGUCCCAAGCAUCGACGAGGACGAGGAGGACGAGCCGGAUCCGACCGACUUUACGCGCUACAUUGACCCGGCACCUGUGACACUGGAUGUUCGGUCGCCGUUGGAUCUCGUGUACGAGUGUUUUGUCAAGCUUGGAUUGCGUUACAUUUGUGUGUCGAGGGACGGCAAAUAUGCCGGCUUGGUGCACAAAAAGACGUUUGUCAAGUACAUGCGAGAAUUGGAAGAGUCGGAGAGUUGA